AUGUUCGCGCAAUACCGUUCUCAACACCUUGAUCGCCACUAUGCGCGCCUUCACUGGGAUGCCGAGUUGGAAGCCAUGAAUGGCAACGGCGAUGACAUCCAAUUUAACCCGACAAUGUCCAACCUUGUGCCUGAGUCCGACCACGACGACGACCAAAGUGCGAUUCUUCGUCAGGCUGCAUACUACCAGAGCCGGUUUCCAGUCAAUUUCCCCUACAGAGACAACGUUUCCGACGAAGACUCCGACAGGACAUCAAACCAGCGCUAUGCGCCGAGCUCCCCUUACGAUCUCGAACCUCCGCCUUCAUUGUUGGUGGAGACAGCCAUGGACAAUGAGGAAAGCCUGACCGGCAGUCCGACGUUUGAUUGGGUUCAUGCAUGGCAUCAAAAGUCCAUUGUACUUGAAGAUGAUGUUGCGCGGCUUGCUUGCUUCCAGAAGAUGGACGCGACAAUGGAGUGUCCAGAGCUCAUCGCAUCACGACACGCCAUGAUAAUGUCUCUUACCUCACCUUCCUAA